CCAGCGCUGCUCCCCUCUGGCAUCCAGUGCCAUCUGUGCCAACCUGAUAGUAGCAGUCUCUACAUUUUAUUCUGAGCCAACUGAAAACAACAGUUUCUACAGGAAAAAGCCCUGGUUCCCCUCUCCAGCCUGCAUCCCGCAUGCUGCCAGUGGAUUUCCACUCGUGUCCGGGACUGUGGAUGACCAUGACAUAAAGUCCUGGAGUGACAGUCGCAUUGGAGAUGAGUUUCCAUAAAGAGGACGGUGUCAGCUUGUGCCAGAAAGCGCUGCAGAUCGUGUCGGAGCUCUGCCUGGGAGGGCAGGUGGAAUGGGACAAGUGCACCGGAAUCUUCCCCUCUACCAAUCAUGGAGCAGGCAGCACAGAUAUAUCGGUCAGCCUCCUUGCCGUGGUGGUGAGUUUCUGCGGGUUAGCUCUCUUGGUGGUCUCCCUCUUCGUCUUCUGGAAGCUGUGCUGGCCUUGUUGGCGUAGUAAACCGCUCACUUGCACCGUGCAGGCUGUCCCUCCCUGCAUCCCCAGCGCCCCACCUGAGAUGAUGGAAACCGAUGAGAAGAAGGAAAUUAAGCAGAAUGGCAAGCAUUCGGUGAAGAUACAAGAGGCGGCCAUGAAAAUCAGUCACACUUCACCCGAUAUUCCGGCCGAGGUCCAAAAUGCCUUGAAGGAACAUCUGAUGAAGCACGCACGAAUGCAGCGUCAAACCACAGAGCCAACAUCCUCUUCACGGCACAAUUCCUUCCGGAGACAUUUGCCACGGCAGAUGCAGGUGUCUAGCGUGGACUUCAGCAUGGGCGUGGAACCUUUACAAAGAGGCGAGACUACAACCAGCAUCGGCCGGAUCAAACCUGAACUCUACAAACAGAAAUCCGUUGACUCAGAAGACAAUAAGAAAGAGGACGUUAAAACGUGCGGAAAGCUCAACUUCACCUUGCAGUAUGACUACGAGAAUGAACUUCUUGUUGUGAAAAUCGUGAAAGCCCUGGAAUUGCCGGCCAAGGACUUGUGUGGCACCUCCGACCCGUAUGUGAAGAUCUAUCUCCUCCCUGACAGGAAGAAGAAGUUUCAGACGAGGGUUCACAGGAAAACCUUGAACCCCAACUUUGAUGAGACUUUCCAGUUUCCGGUGGCCUACGACCUGCUAAACAAUAGGAAACUGCAUUUCAGUGUGUAUGACUUUGACCGAUUCUCUAGACAUGACAUGAUUGGGGAGGUCAUCUUGGAUAAUUUAUUUGAAGAGUCAGACCUUUCCAGAGAGGCCACAGUGUGGAAAGACAUCUAUUGUGCCACAACAGAAAGCGUAGAUCUUGGGGAGAUCAUGUACUCGCUUUGCUACUUACCUACCGCUGGCAGAAUGACACUUACAGUUAUCAAGUGCCGGAAUCUGAAGGCAAUGGAUAUCACGGGUUCGUCCGACCCCUAUGUGAAAGUUUCCCUCAUGUGCGAAGGACGGAGACUGAAGAAACGGAAAACCACCACGAAAAGGAACACAUUAAACCCCGUCUACAAUGAGGCCAUCAUCUUCGACAUCCCUCCGGAGAACAUGGACCAGGUCAGCCUCUCUAUAGCCGUCAUGGACUACGACAGGGUGGGCCACAACGAGGUGAUUGGAGUCUGCAGAACUGGCAUUGAUGCUGAAGGACUUGGCAGGGACCACUGGAAUGAGAUGCUAGCUUAUCCCAGAAAACCGAUCACACACUGGCAUGCCCUAACCGAGCUGCCAGGUCGGGCGACCAGCUUUGACAGUCAAGGUUCAUGCUCUUCACCGAAGCCUCCUCUGACACCGUAAAAAGCCACCUGCGUGGGUCUUUUUUCACCUGUAACCGCAGCAAAUGCUUACCUAUGAUGUGAGUGUCCUUAUCACAGUCUGUACAGCAGCCAAUCAGAAAAUGGUGUGACAACGCUCACUUGGUUUAUGCAGCAUCCUAGACGCACAAGCAGAAGAUGGCCCUGAGGCUCACACAAGAGGCCUACCCCACACCUUGUGAAGGGUCCACCCAGAAGCGUGAUCUAUAACACAGACGCACUCAGGAGUAACAUUCUAUGUAAUCUUAUAAAUACACAGGUGCCACCAAACUGGGGAGGGGAG